AUCCCUCAUUUAUAUCAGAAAUCAACUAAAAGAGAUCCAAAUUUCUAAAUUUUGCAUACUAUUGCAAAUUCUCUCUCCCCCCCACGCUAAAAAGUUUCUAUUUUUCUUCUCACGGGCGAGCUGGUCUUGUGUCUGAUCUCUCACAAAAAAAUAUUCUGGUUCUACCGAAUUGAGUGAAGAAGUUUCCGCGAAUUAGGGUUUCCGCGAGGACCUUUGUUCAAUCGAGCUUGGAUUGGUGACUCCUACGGAUAGGUUGGGUGUGAGGAGGAGGAGGAAUGUUUUAUUCGCAGUUUAUAUUAGCAAAGAAAGGACCACUUGGGACAAUAUGGAUUGCUGCCCAUUUGGAGAGGAAGCUUCGUAAGAAUCAGGUCGCUGAUACUGACAUCGGUGUCUCCGUUGAUUCCAUUCUAUUUCCGGAAGCUCCAAUUGCAUUGCGACUGUCUAGUCAUCUUCUCCUUGGUGUGGUUCGUAUAUACUCAAAAAAGGUGAACUACCUCUUUGAUGAUUGCAGCGAGGCGUUGCUUAAGGUAAAGCAAGCUUUCCGCUCUGCUGCGGUUGACCUGCCCCCGGAAGAAUCCACUGCACCGUAUCACUCGAUCACGUUGCCUGAGACGUUUGAUCUUGAUGAUUUUGAGCUUCCUGACAAUGAGAUCUUCCAGGGUAACUACGUUGAUCAUCAUGUUAGUACAAGAGAGCAGAUCACCCUUCAGGAUUCCAUGGAUGGUGUUGUAUACUCAACAUCGCAAUUUGGAUUAGAUGAGAGAUUUGGUGAUGGCGACACUUCUCAAGCUGCUUUGGAGCUUGAAGAGGAAGUAUUCCAGGGUAAAGAUCUAAUUGGAUCAGAUGAUGAGGGAGUUCAAGGCACUGAUCACAAUGCGUAUAUGGAUGCCGCAACACCGGGGAUAAAGGAUGAUAUGGUAGGAGCUUCUGAAGCAACUUCCAGAGAUUUCAACCAAGAGCAGGUUGAAGAUCUUGCUAUGAGGAAUGAGUUCAUCGAAGACGCUCAAGCUCCUCAAACCCCUGGAUUAGUUGAGGUGCCAAACUCGUCUAGUAUCAGAGAGAACCUGGUAUCUGAUGAUCACAUGGAGGUAGAGGAGUUGAAUGCAGAAGAAGGUAGGAAGGCCUCUGAUGAGCUGGAUGCUAAUGAGACGCAUAAACGUGAUGAAGACCUGCCUUCUGAAUCAGAGGCUGUUCCCAUGGAGGUGGAUAAGUCGCUGAUAGAUGAAAAUGCCAACGCCCAAAACGAGCCUGAGAAGGAGAGAGCAGAGCAUGUACAUGUUAGUACAUCGCCUUGUUGUUCUCACAUCACCACCGAGGUAGAGGAUCCUGGUCAAGCAAUCACCGAGGCAGAAACCGAUGAUAAUAGUGUUGUAGCAGAUAAGUCCGAUGCUGUUCCCUCAGUCGAGUCCCCUGGAGAGCCUACAGUGAAUAACGCUGAGCAUUGCCUAUCCCAGGAACCAAAAGAUCCUGGAGAAGAGAACCAAGAUCAUUUUGCCAUUGCCACUGAGAUCAAUCAGAAAACAGAUUCUAGUAUACAAGGAGAUGGGCAAGCGUACAGUAAACCAGAUGAGCAACUGAAUGAACAGUUGGUAACUGGAUGUGCUGAUUCUGAUUUGCCUGCACCUGAAAAGGUAUUAGCUGCACCUGAGACUGAGAGAGAGGGGGAUGAAAAUGGUUUCAUGGUUGAAUCCACACCAGAUAAAGAAGAUCCUGGCACAUGCAACGAGGAUGCAGGAAAUAAUAAUAAAAUUACUGGGAAAAAACGCACUUUUACUGAGAGCACCAUAACAGCAGAAAGCCUGAACUCUGUUGAGUCAGUGGGGCUGAUUCAGUCGAAGAGAACUGCAGAUUCUGUUCCUGAUGACGAUGACUUGUUGUCUUCCAUCUUAGUGGGAAAGUCAUCUUUUCUGAAGAUGAGGUCUACCCCUGUACUUGAAAUAGCAACUACAAAACGGUCACGAGCUGCUCCUCGUUCUACUGCCACAAAGAGGAAGGUUCUAAUGGAUGACCCCAUGGUCUUGCAUGGAGACGUUAUACGAGAACAGCUGACGAACACUGAAGGCAUACGCCGUGUGCGAAAGAAGGCACCUUGCACUGUUGCUGAAAUCGUUAUGCUUCAAAGGCAGGCUUUGGAGGAUGGACUCUUGAAGGAGCCAAUAUUCACUGGUAUGUCGGUGGAACUAGUCUCUCUACACAAUGAGCCCUUUGAUCUAAGAGGAAUCACGAUAAUCAAGAAUGAUAACGAGCUUGGUGAAACAAUAUGUGCGUUGGAAGUUUCAAAAGAAGGCGAUGGAGCUGCUGAUGAAGUAAGUCUUGUAGUGGAUGACGAGAUCGGUCAAAUGCCAUCUGAGGACAAGUGCGAUCAUGUAGAGGAUUUACAGGUGGAAGGAUACCAUGAAAGCCAUGAUGGAGGGAUAGGCGGUGAAGAUCAUUGUGCUGAUGUUCAUGAAAAAAGUUGCAGUGGUGUUAUUGAAAUUACUGAAGGCGAUGUUGAUCACAACGCCGCCAUUCUCAAUGAGACAUGUUUAAAAGGUGAAGAGGAGCUUCCACGUGAAGAUAAGAAAACAGAUGAAUCAGCUGAAGUCAGCGAGAUUGGGAUAGACGAUCAGACUCCAUGUGAUAACACAAUUGGCUCUAUUGAAAAUGGACACGUAGAAGCUGGUGAUUUGGGUUUGGAAAGUCUCAACGAACCUCUUGUGGAAGAAAAUAAUGAUGUGGUGAAUCCAGAGAUUGAGCCUGAUAACAACUACGAACCGCAUAAUGAGAUGUUUAAUGAGGAGGCUUAUAUGCAAAGUGCACCAGGUGCAGAAGCUCUUUUUGGCGAUGGUUUUAUAAGAGAUAACUACGAAAUGGAUACCAUGGAAGUGGCACAUGACACAGGAUUUUUGAACGUGGAUGAUGAUGAAGUCGAUGAAGAUCAUGAAGAAGACGAAGGUAUGGAAGAAGGUGAUGAAACUCGUCUUCUAGAGAACAGUGGAUGGUCUUCUCGUACCAGGGCUGUGGCGAAGUAUCUCCAGAGAAUAUUUGAUAAAGAAGCUGAGAAUGGGAAGAGUGUUGUUGUAGCAGACAAACUUUUAGCUGGGAAAACCCGUAAAGAAGCAUCGAGAAUGUUUUUUGAAACCCUGGUUUUGAAAACAAGAGAUUAUAUCCAAGUUGAACAAGCUAACCCCUAUGAAAGCAUCACCAUCAAACCGCGACCAAAACUCACCAAAUCCAUCUUCUAGACGUAGGAGAUGAGUCUUAUAGUUGCAGAUAGGUAGUUUGGUCCAAACCAGAAAAAUAUCAUCCAAAAAGAUCGUCCUUCUCUAAAGUUAUACAUUUUCCCCUUUUCUAAGGCAAUGUAGUAGUGAUAAUAGUGUCAAUGUUGUUGUAGCUAACCAUCCAAGUAGCUGGAGGAGGUUGAUGUUCGUCAUUUAUUUUACCCUUAUAUAUA